CUUCUUCUUCUUCUUCUUCUUCUUCUGCCUCUGUCUCUCGAAAAUGCAGAGGCGAUUCCGGCAAGCAUUCACCGCUCUAAGAGAGCAUACAUCCGUGAGCUAUGCAAAGAUCGCCACGGUUGGAGGGUUCUGCAACGUCGAGCUCAUCGUCAUAAAAGCAACGGCUCCGGAUGACUUGCCUUUGCCGGAAAAGUACAUUCAAGAGCUCUUGAAAAUCUUCUCCAUCUCUGCAGCCACCCUGAGAGACUUCUCACUCAGCUUCUGCCGCCGCUUCGGGAAGACCCGCUGCUGGAGAGUUGCACUCAAGUGCUUGAUCCUCCUCCAUCGUCUGCUCCGUGCCGUCCCUGAAGACAGUGCGUUUCGGACUGAGCUCCUUUGUACACGCUCUAUUGGGUUGAUGUCUCUUAACAACUGUCGCUUCCGUGAUGAUUCCUCCUCGGCUUCAGCAGACUAUACGGCUUUCAUCAGAUCAUAUGCUCAGCUCCUCGACGAAGUUCUUCAUUGCUUUUGCUUGGACAACAAGGCUCCCCCAGAACCACUACAACAACAUCAAGAGGAAGGAGAAGAAGGAGAUGAUGAAGAUGAACGAGAGGAAGAAGAUGAUGAACCACAAUUUCAGAGCUUAUCAGCUAAAAUGGAAGAAAUUAGUCGAAUGCUUGAAAUGCUGCCGCAGCUACAAAGCCUUAUUGAUCGAGUCAUGGACUGCCGGCCAACAGGGCCAGCAGCUAAAAGCUUUUUGGUUCAAGUGGCCAUGAAACUUCUAAUUCGAGACAGCUUUGUGUGUUAUACAAUCUUUAGGAAGGAAAUUGUUAUGGUUCUUGAUAGCCUCUUUCAGAUGCCUUAUCGAAAUUGCAUAUCCGCUUUUGGGAUUUACAAGAAGGCAGCAGUGCAAGCAACUGAGCUUUGUGAAUUCUACGACUGGUGUAGGGCAAUGGGAAUUUGUGGUGCAUAUGAGUAUCCAUUUAUCGAUCGAAUCCCGCAUAUUCAAAUCCAUGCUCUGGAGAACUUCCUCCAUGGAAUGUGGCAGUUGACGGAUCAGUCUUCUUCCACUCCGACCUCAUCGUUAACCUCUUCAUUUAAAUGCUCCAGUGAAACCUUGACGGAAGAUGAAACUCACGGAAGCAUUCUUGUUAGUACAAAAUGGGAAAAGCCAUUGAUUCAGUUCGGUGGGGAUCAUGAGGACGUGAAGCCCUUAAUUGGGUUUGGGAAAGAGGAAGCCGAGAAGAUGUUGAUUCAGUUUGAAGAAGUCGAUGAGAGCUGGGAGACCAUUCUUGAAGCUUCCAUCAAUGUGUCACCUUCUUAUCAACAAAACAAUAUGUUGUGCUUGUACAAUCCGAACGUCAUCAACCCUUUCUAUAAAUCGAGCAUGACAAGGCAAGAUUACCAUGGAUUGGUCACUGCCAACAACACCGUUCCUUCUUUAAUCUAGCUUAGCUGAAAAAUGCAGUAUGUGAGUAUAUCAAUCUUAUACUCAUGGCAUGGAGAAGUUAAGGAAUAA